ACGUCAUGUGCAGCCACCGGAACAGUGCGUUAUGAGUCCCCGCCCCGCAGCUCAGUCAGUCCAACCUGAAGAGAAGGCGAGUCCACGGCUAAAAAUAUAAGAGCUAACACAAGAUGGCCGGUUUGCCUCGUAGGAUUAUAAAGGAGACACAGCGGUUGUUGGCAGAGCCUGUUCCAGGGAUCACGGCUACACCUGAUGAAGGGAACGCACGCUACUUCCAUGUGGUCAUUGCAGGGCCUCAAGACUCUCCUUUUGAAGGAGGCACAUUUAAACUUGAACUAUUUCUUCCAGAAGAGUAUCCCAUGGCAGCUCCCAAAGUGCGAUUCAUGACCAAAAUCUAUCACCCCAAUGUCGACAAGCUGGGAAGAAUAUGUUUAGACAUUUUGAAAGACAAGUGGUCUCCAGCCCUGCAGAUCCGUACAGUGUUGCUAUCUAUCCAGGCGUUAUUAAGUGCUCCCAAUCCAGAUGAUCCCCUGGCAAACGACGUCGCAGAGCAGUGGAAGAAAAACGAAAGCCAUGCCAUCGAGACAGCCCGAACAUGGACCAGGCUCUACGCGGGCAACGACAUGUAGAAGAAGAGAGACGAGGCGUCUGAAUGUGAUCCACAAAAAUGUACUCCUAUUCUGUCAACAUUUGAAUUUAACGGACACACACAAAAAAGAGAAAAAAAAAAAGAUUAUAAGUCCAAAUCUAUUUGAAAGAAAUGAUGAGAUUUACUGCUGCAGACCUCUGGGUGACUUAUUUUCCUCUCUAAGAUGCGUUAAAUGUGUGUUAGCCUUUUUCCCCCCCCCCCUGUGUUGCUAUUUAAAUGCAUGGACAGAGAAUGACACCCUCCCCACUACAGUUUUAAAGAAAUCACAUGCAAUAUGUUGUCCUGAACUAGGCACAUACUGGUACGUUUGCAAAAAUAUACAUGCAUUAAAGCUGUCCUUCUUUUAACACAUGCUUUAUUUGUCAACACAUCUGUAUGUCUUUUUGUGAGAUGACAUGUUGUGUUAUUUCAGCACAUAGGAGCGUGUGAAGCUGUGCUCUCCCACACAGACAAAAACAGAUGAAUGAGGUUUCUCUUUACCGUUCUUAGGUGAAUACAGCCACUUCUGUGUUCAGACCGGCACCUAAAAACACAGAAUAUGUAGUUGGUGGUGCAGAAACUGUAGCAUCAUCACAGGAACACAUGGGGCACUUCAUGCUAAACACAAAAAUGGUGUUUUUAUCACAGAAAAGUGAUUUUAUUUGUAAAAUCUGACAUGAAAUCGAGUUAAUCUGAAGGGUUUCACACAGCAAAUAUAAUCUCUUGCUGAACUCGAAGGUCUGAAAGAGUAGAACCAACCUUUUCACACAACAUCUUUCCUGUAAAAUGAGUUUAUAGACCUCCGGAAAGUAGCUGCCAGUAAUUCUUCAUAAUCACAGUUAAUGUUUAAACGCAUUCAGUCGACAGUUGGUGUCAAUUUGUGGCCCCUGCAGGUGUAAUUUUACAUCUCAAAAUUGUUCCUAGUUUGUUAAGAAAGACGGAUAAUUGUGUGAUCAUGUGCCUGAGCCCAGAUACUGUACAGAUAAUGUAAAAUCCGCUGGUUUAACGUCAGCAGGAGGAAAGUUUGCCAUCGUGAAGCAAGUUUCAACAUGUAACUCUGAGAAUCUGCGGGUGUAAUGUUUGCGUCAUUCGUUUUCUGUUUUGUCUUCGUCAGCGAUUGGCUUUCGGACCUUGCUGGACAGUUUGGGGAGGGUGAGCAGAGCACUUCCACAUGCUUAAAAAGUCAUUCCCAACACAUUCAGAGAGGCAGAAAGACAGCAUGUCGGAAAAGGAACUAACUGUAAUCAUGUAGAAGAUGUGUUGAAAAUGGCGUCUGCUUUUUUUUUUUUUUAAAGAGUGUAGGAAGUUAACUUGUUUUUAUUUUCCUUUUUUAACCGUCUGUCCAUGCUAUCUAUGUUGCCUGUUCUCUGUUUUGUUUUCAGUGUUGCUUCAUUUUUUAUUUAAAAAAAAAAGGCAUAACCAAACUGAUAUCAGAACAGUUCAGACUAGUUCUUCUCGGGUGGGUUUAGUCAGAUUUGAGGCUUUGUUUCCUUUAAAGGGGAAGUUGAGAGGUUUUGUCGUCUUUUACGAGUCGGUCUUAACCUGCUUUUGCUGUUUUUUGAUCUGUGAUGAUGAUGAUGCAAGUGCAUUUAUUUGACUCUUGAGAGGAAAUUGGGUCAUUGUGGUACCUUGAAAAAGUGGUGUUACAAAUAAAAUGUGUUAAAAAGUUCAAGGUUUUAUCAUGCGAUUAUGGAUUUUCUAUUGGCUGUAGAGAACUGAUGUCUAAAAAUCCUGAAACUUUCCUUUUAAAAGAUGCUGUAUUGAUGGUUUAGAGGGAUCAGAACACACCUCCAAACCCUCCAUGAUCAUGUUGCCUCAGUUUGGCUCAUCCGAGAGGCAUCAUGUUGUGGUAUUUUCUGUUCUUUUUCGGUUCAUCUUCUUUUCUUUACUCUUUAUCAGAUUACCGCAGGCUCGCCGUUGUUGCUUAGAUUUGUUUGUGUCCUGUCCUCACCCAGGAAAUAUUAACUGUUUCUAACAUUUACUCAAGUCUGGAAAGACGGAGCAUGGCUUCAAAAAUAAAAGCUGGUUAAUUUAUUGUUUCCCUGAAGGGACUUGACAGUAAUCUAAACCGAGAAACAGUCACUCACUGGAUAUUUGAAGCAUUUAGAUCGAACUGUGGAGAGAUCAAAGUCUGAUUAAUCAGCUCCCCGUGUGUAAAGGAAAGUAAGAGGAGUUCUGUCGGUAAUUUCAGUACAUUUGCAUACAUGGCUCUUCAAACACUCUGUAAAUAAACUGAGUUGAGUAAGUAA